AUGGUACCGGAACUAAUCAACACGAGAACAAUACCUAAUACUGCCAUGCCAGGACCAUUCACCAGCCAGAUAGCCAUGCAAAUUCCAUCACUACCCGCGCCUAGCUUCUCUAUCUUCUCUGAUGGUUUAGUUGUAGAUGGCCUGGUUUCUGUAACUGGUUCUAUGCCAUUCCUUGGCACGGUUACACUCGGAGGCUCAGUGCCAGCCGCUGGCUGUGGCAACGUUAUGUACAGCUGUGGAAAUGGUGAAGUUGGCAUAGACACCGAAUUGCCAUCCGGACCAAUUGUGAGCGAACUGGUUAGAUCGAACCCAAUGGCAUGGAAUAACGCAGGUGUAAUUUAC